AUGGCCCCACACAUGUUCCCGACCGACGAAGAGCUGGGGAAGCGGGAUGACGACUACACUCCCGGCAACAAGUCUUCUCAAUCCUGGCGCAAUCUGCCCUACAACUACCGCCGCCGCCGCGUCGCCAUCAUCAUCGGUGCUGCCCUCUCCGUAUGGCUGCUCCUACACGUAAUCUCCCAUACCGACCCAGGCUAUACGAUAUACGAUGCGACGAAUCCCCCGAACCUCGUCAGGCCAAAUGGCCCACCGCCGAAGGUCAUCGAUGAUACAGACGAAGCGGCGCGGCAGCACUACUACAACGGCCAUAUCAAGUUUUUUGAGCUUGGCGAUUCCCUGCACAAAAUAAGCAAUACCGGCGGCUUGCGCGAUAGGAAUCGCAAUGUACUGUUCGCCGCCUCGAGCCUGAAGAGCGUGUCGGCCCUGAUUCCCCUGGCCUGCGAGAUGGCCAAGUGGAACCGGAACUACGUGCACUUUGCCAUAAUGGGUCGAUACGACAUCUUUCUUGAUGACAUUCUUGAGGUGAAUGGUGUUGAUCGCGAGGGAUGCAACAUCUACUGGCAUGACGCUCGCCCGGAUUUCGUGACGUACAGCUCCGAUACCCGCGCUGAGGCUGUGGUUACCGCAGCACUGGGCCAUGUUCACACUUUUAUGCAUCCACAGGUCGUUAUUACAGAUGAUUCUUCCAGAGAAGAUGUUUUCUUCACGAAAGGAGUGCGAAGAAAAACAAAAAUCCAGCACCUACCAAUCAUCGAGAUCCCUCAGGGUCGUGCGGACGACCUGGAAUGGCUCACUCGGCUCGAUUCGAGCUCACUGAGAGCAUGGCACACUCCUAGUAUCGACAUCCUGAUCCAUGCUCCUCCGAAGUCUUCAGGGUCGCUGCUUCGAUUGCUUCAGUCUAUCCAAGACGCCGAUUACUCUGGGCUGACUCCCCCUCGAAUCACCGUCGAGCUGCCCCCUGACAUCGACCCACCAUCCAUGUGGUUCCUUGGGCACAUGGCCUGGCCGCCAUCGCCCAAGGAACCAUUCGUAACGCCCCGGCAGAACGGACUGAUCUUGAGACACCGCAUCCCGGACCAGAAGGUCUCGUCCGACGAAGCAGCAGUGCGCUUUCUAGAGUCGUUCUACCCCUCUCUCGGUUCACACGUUCUGCUUCUCGCACCCAACGCCCAACUAUCUCCCUUGUAUUAUCACUACCUCAUGUUCCACCUCCUGGAGUACAGAUACUCCAGCUCCGCAGCCGCCGACAACGCGCACCUCAUCGGCCUCAGCCUCGAAGUCCCCUCCCACCACCUCAACGGCACCACCGCCUUCGAGCCGCCCACGGCCGCAGCAAUGCGUGUCGGCAGCGACGGCGAAGCCGACGCCGACGACAAGUUCGCAAAGGCCGCGGCCCGCCACCCGGACGCGGCGGUGCCCUUCACGUGGCAGGCGCCCAACAGCAACGCGGCGCUCUACUUCGGCGACGCGUGGACCGAGAUCCACUCGUUCCUGACGAACCGCCUGCGCGCCUUCCGGCUGCAGGCGGACCCCGUCGCGCGCCCGCGCACCGUCCACGCGAGCCUGCCGUCGUGGCUCGAGUACUUCCUCGAGCUGAUGCGCGCGCGCGGCCACGCGCUGCUGUACCCGGGCCUCGACGGGCCAGCAGCGACCACGGCCCAGCACGGCCUCGUCACCGUCCACACCGAGCUGUACCAGCCGCCCGAGGAGAUGCUCGCCGCGCUGGCCGCGCGCCGCGACGAGGACGACGAGACAUCAUCAUCAUCGUCUCCUCGCCGCGACGACGACAAAGACGAUGCUGUAUCGUCCCCCUUCCUCACCGCCGACCCCGCCGCCGCCCUCGCCCCUCCCCCCCUCCACCUCGAACCCUCCAACCUCGUCGAACGACACCUCCCCCUCCACCACCUCCUCCCCUUCGACGCCGACCCCCCGCCCCUCCGCGCCCUGCCCGCGCUGUCGCACCAGGGCUUGCUGUUCGCGCAGGAGGCGGACGUGGCGGACGCGGCGGCGGAGACGGCGAGGAAGUUUCGGAGGGCUAUUGGUGGGUGUGGUGAUUCUGAGUUCGAAGGAGGGGGGAAGAAGAGGGUGGGGCUGGUGGUGGGGGUGGGGGGGAGUGCGAGGGAUUUGUUUUGUUUUGGGGAUGGGGAUGAUGAGGGGGGUUUUGAGGGUGCGGUUGAGGGUAGAGAGGCUGGUGGGUCAGUGGGGUAUAGUGAUGAUGGGGAGGAGGAGGCGGGGGGGAAGGGGAAGGGAAAGGAGAGUAGGACGGAGGGUCGUGAGGGGAAUGUGGAUAAGGAUGAGGAUGCGGGUGUUGAGAGGGAAGAGAGUAGGACGGUGGAUGUCGAGGAGGGGGAAAGAGGAAGAGGAGGAGGAGAAGAAGAAGAAGCAGAGUGA